UAGCAAGGUUUCUCGUGAGGGUUCACAAGCCAAUAAAGCUGAUCACACUCCCCUUUGUCCACUUGAUCACUCAAUUACACAACUUCUUGUGAUUCACUGUCAAUUCUAGAUCUCCUUAAAACUUUUUCUUAAUUACUUUUCAAGAUUCUUGAUUCUACACCACUAGCAAUUUUCCAUUUUUUCUUUCACUGAUUUUGGUUACUUGUUUGACAUUCUUGUUUUCAAGAUCCAAACAUCAUCACUUUCCAGAAAUGGAUACUUGUUGUGCGGCUAUGAAAUCGACGGUUCAUUUGGGGAGAGUGAGCACUGGUGGCUUUAACAAUGGAGAGAAGGAGUUUUUUGGAGAGAAGAUCAGAGGGAGUUUGAACAACAGUCUCAGGAUUAAUCAGUUGUCGAAAAGUUUGAAACUUGAGAAGAAGGAGAAGAAGAUUAAACCUGGGGUUGCUUACUCUGUGAUCACUACUGAAAAUGACACAGAGACUGUGUUCGUAGAUAUGCCACGUCUUGAGAGACGCCGGGCAAAUCCCAAGGAUGUGGCUGCAGUCAUAUUAGGAGGAGGCGAAGGGACCAAGUUAUUCCCACUUACAAGUAGAACUGCAACCCCUGCUGUUCCGGUUGGAGGAUGCUACAGGCUGAUAGACAUCCCAAUGAGCAACUGUAUCAACAGUGCUAUUAACAAGAUUUUUGUGCUGACACAGUACAAUUCUGCUGCCCUGAAUCGUCACAUUGCUCGAACGUAUUUUGGCAAUGGUGUGAGCUUUGGAGAUGGAUUUGUCGAGGUACUAGCUGCAACUCAGACACCUGGGGAAGCAGGAAAAAAAUGGUUUCAAGGAACAGCAGAUGCUGUCAGAAAAUUUAUAUGGGUUUUUGAGGACGCUAAGAACAAGAAUAUUGAAAAUAUCCUUGUAUUAUCUGGGGAUCAUCUUUAUAGGAUGGAUUAUAUGGAGUUGGUGCAGAACCAUAUUGACAGAAAUGCUGAUAUUACUCUUUCAUGUGCACCAGCUGAGGACAGCCGAGCAUCAGAUUUUGGGCUGGUCAAGAUUGACAGCAGAGGCAGAGUUGUCCAGUUUGCUGAAAAACCAAAAGGUUUUGAGCUUAAAGCAAUGCAAGUAGAUACUACUCUUGUUGGAUUAUCUCCACAAGAUGCGAAGAAAUCCCCUUAUAUUGCUUCAAUGGGAGUUUAUGUAUUCAAGACAGAUGUAUUGUUGAAGCUCUUGAAAUGGAGCUAUCCCACUUCUAAUGAUUUUGGCUCUGAAAUUAUACCAGCAGCUAUUGAUGAUUACAAUGUUCAAGCAUACAUUUUCAAAGACUAUUGGGAGGACAUUGGAACAAUUAAAUCUUUCUAUAAUGCUAGCUUGGCGCUCACACAAGAGUUUCCAGAGUUCCAAUUUUACGAUCCAAAAACACCUUUUUACACAUCUCCUAGGUUCCUUCCACCAACCAAGAUAGACAAUUGCAAGAUUAAGGAUGCCAUAAUUUCUCAUGGAUGUUUCUUGCGAGAUUGCUCUGUGGAACACUCCAUAGUGGGUGAAAGAUCGCGCUUAGACUGUGGUGUUGAACUGAAGGAUACUUUCAUGAUGGGAGCAGACUACUACCAAACAGAAUCUGAGAUUGCCUCCCUGUUAGCAGAGGGGAAAGUACCGAUUGGAAUUGGGGAAAAUACAAAAAUAAGGAAAUGUAUCAUUGACAAGAACGCAAAGAUAGGAAAGAAUGUUUCAAUCAUUAAUAAAGAUGGUGUUCAAGAGGCAGACCGACCAGAGGAAGGAUUCUACAUACGAUCAGGGAUAAUCAUUAUAUCAGAGAAAGCCACAAUUAGAGAUGGAACAGUUAUAUGAACUAGGGAUGCAUCUCUUGUUGAACUAGUGGAAAUCCAAAUCUCAACUUGAAUGACCUAUUUUCCACAAAAACCUAGCACAUUCAGCAGUUGACUCCCCGGAAGAAGCUUUCUAUGCUCACAUGUCCAAAAUAAAACUAAAGUUGCUGCCUAGUUCAUGUUCUAAGAGUCACAUUAUGUAAGAUAGCAUUUUGAAGAACUCAAUAGUUUAUUUAUUGCUCAACUUAGGCUUUUCGUAUUGUAAAAAACUCUACUUCAAAAAAAUAAAAAAUCUCUGAUGAUGCAUCUCUUCUCUAUUGGAAUUCAAUGAUAUCGUUCUUUGUUUUUA